AUGGCCGCUCAUGGUUUACAUCAAGAAGUACGACAAUGGUCCAGCAAAGAUAACGAAAUUAUUGCCGCAGCAAAGAAGAUGGCUAUUUUAAUGGGCAGAUUAUCGGGACUAGUUAGAGGUGAAGGUGGUAAUAAACGAGAUCUUAUCGCAUGUGCCAAAGCUAUUGCAGAAGCUUCUCAGGAAGUAACACGUCUCGCAAAGGAACUAGCCAGGGAAUGUACUGAUAAACGUAUUCGAACGAAUCUUCUCCAAGUUUGCGAACGUAUACCUACUAUUGGAACACAAUUGAAAAUACUGUCUACAGUAAAAGCCACUAUGCUUGGAGCACAAGAGACACUUCCAACCUGGGAAGAGCUGAUGCUUUAUGGUAAAGAAGUU